AUGGAAAAAGAAGAUAACGGAUCAAAACAGAGCUCCUCUGUUUCUAUAGAAUCAUCGAGAAGACGAAGAAGAUCAGUUGGGCCGGUGGAAGCUACGUUAAAUAGGUGGGUGAAGAAGGAAGAGGAAGAAGGGUUAGAGAUGGUUCAUAAGGUUCAAGCUAAAGGUUCGAAGAAAGGUUGUAUGAGAGGCAAAGGUGGUCCAGAGAAUCCGGUUUGUCGGUUUAGAGGCGUUCGACAAAGGGUUUGGGGUAAAUGGGUUGCUGAGAUACGUGAACCAGUGAACCGCCGUGGCGAACACUCAAGCCGUGGCAAACGGCUUUGGCUUGGAACGUUUGAUACUGCGUUCGAAGCCGCUUUGGCUUACGACAGAGCUGCUACUUCCAUGUAUGGACGUUUCGCCCGGGUCAAUUUCCCGGAAGAAGAUCUGGGAAACAGGCCGGGUGGAGAAAUGAAGAAGAACGAGGAGACCGAAAGUUCUAGGAGCUAUUGGUUGAGAGGAGAAGGUUCAAGGAACGUAUCUGAAACCGGAAACGGCGUGGUUGGAGCGGAAGCCGGGAAGGGUUAUUUAGCCUACGACGAGGAGGACGCCGAGUUUGGCCAAGACAAGACUGAGAAUCUUGAUCCCAUGACUGGUAACGAGAUAGUUGAAUCCAACCCAGCAGUGAAAUCGGAGGGAGAUUAUAGCUCGGAUCGAUUCGGAUCGGAUAACGGAUUGUUGUACAAUGAAUCUGGUUAUCAUGGAGUUGGAUUCAAUCCGUAUUUAGAGUAUUACAGAUUCUAG